AUGGGAAGAGAAACUGGCAGAAUUAAAAUACCAGAGCCACCAAAGGGAGCUCCAUCGAAGGGAGCACAAGGCAGACAAGGGCACCCAGGAACUGUCUCACAAGGAGGCCAAGUGCGAACUCCUCGCGAAACUUGUGAAUAUUGCGAGAAACCAGGACAUGGGGUGACUAAUUGCCCUGAGAGGACCCGCCCAGAGAGUGAAAUUCAAAAGUCGGAUAAACUAAUUUCUAGGCAAACAAGUGGAGGAGAAAGUCAACCUAAAGUGCCAGUUAGGGUAUUUACUGUAGACCAGCAACAAGUCCCUGACCCUUCUGAGGUGAUAGAAGGUAUGAUUCCUAUUUACCAUCGCCUAACUAAGGUUUUAAUCAAUCCGGGUGCAAUCUAUUCUUUCGUAAACCCUAAUUUUAUGUGUGGUUUGGAUGUGAAACCUGUUAAGUUGCCCUAUGAUCUAGAGGUCGGGACACCUACGGGGGAUCGAUGUUUGAUUGCCAACUUGAUGUAUAAAAAUUGCGAGAUAUGGGUUGGAGAGCGUAAACUGGUGGCAGAUUUGAUGAGUUUAACCAUUAAGGGGUAUGACGUUAUCUUGGAAAUAGAUUGGUUAUCUCGAUACCAUGCUCAAUUAGACUGUAAGAUGAAAGUGCUGGAGCUUCAUAUUCCUGAAGAAGCAACCCUAAAAUUGGAUAUGAGAGGCAGGCUAGUUUCAUCUGCUCUUAUUUCAGAAAUUCGGGUUAGAAAGUUAUUAAGUUAA